AUGGCCAGCGCAGAACGAAUUCUCAUGAGCGAGUACAAGGCUCUGUCAAAGGAGCCUUGGACCAACAUCGAGCUCAUCAACGACAAUGUCUUCGAAUGGAGCGUCGCACUCCUCGUUCUCAACUCCGACUCUGCGUACAACGGCGGCUACUUCAAGGCAAAAAUGACCUUCCCCAAAAACUUCCCCUUCAGCCCGCCAGAUUUCAAGUUUCUGCGUCCCCUCUGGCAUCCCAACGUGUAUCCCGACGGUCGCCUCUGCAUCUCCAUCCUUCACCCGCCCGGCGACGACGAAAUGUCGGGUGAGCUGGCGUCGGAACGCUGGUCACCUGCUCAGCGCGUCGAAUCAGUCUUGAUAUCGAUUCUGUCCCUCCUUGACGACGCCGAAACAUCUUCCCCCGCCAACGUUGAUGCGAGCGUCAUGCUGCGCUUCGACCAGGCCAAGUACAAGGAGAUGGUCAAGAAAGAUGUAGAGGUCAGCAAGCAAGAUAUCCCGGAAGGCUUUGUUAUGCCUACAGACCAGGAUGUCUUCAAAGCGAAGAAGGAAGAUGACAUCUUUAUGGAGUGGGAAGACAGCGACGGGGACGAAUCCUUCGGUGGCUCGGAUUCCGACAUGGACGACUUCGAGGUUGACGACGAUGACGACAUGGACGAGUCUGGGAGUGGUGACGAAGAGGAAGAGGACGAAAAGCGCAAGCAAUGA